CACCUAUUGCCUUUCGUGCUGCUAUGAUCAACGGUCUUCCAUCCUUAUUUCCGCAGCCAUGUUUCCGUAUAUGAGUUUCUUUUCGCGUUGCGGAUAGACCAUAAGCUUUGUGAUGAUGCCUAGAAACUCUGUAUCUGCAAAGUCUGUCAACCUUCAUUUUACCUGCCGUCCCUAAGUCGUCUCUUCUCUACUUAUGGAUCAAAACGGGUUCUUCGCCGAAGGUGCACGCCAGAGCUCAAAAAAACCUCACCAAGACAGCACAUCAGUCGAACCGUAUUCCUUUACACCUUCUCCGACUUUGUUCUCAGCUGAGGACGUAUGCAAGAGCUUGCAAGCUAUCGCUCUAGAAGGUCCAUCCUUGAUUUUCUCGAUCCAACACUUGAAAACAUCUGCGAUGAAAAAAAGUUGCACAUUAUGCAGCAUCACUUACGACGCUCUACUGUUUUGGCCUGAAGGCGCUUAUCUGUUUUCUGAUUUGUGUAUUGUAAGCCUCCACCGGUCAGGGCUAGAAGUGAAGCUUGGUGAAAAACGCUUUGAGAUUUGCGCUCUCGAAAAAAUUUCUCGAAUACCAAAGACCAUCCCGCGAGUUUGUCUCAUGUCGGACCACACGAAGUCAGAGGAAAGCUUACAGACUGCGAACGAAUGGAUGAUCGAUUGCAUCACGAAUCACGGGUCUCUAUGCGGCCAAACCACUAGAUCGAUCGAAGUGACCUACCGGGUCCUCGAUGUAGGACUAGGGACUUCCGAAAUGGACACCCAAAUUACUCUAAAAGAUAUUCCCCCAGGAGUCAGCUGCAUGUACACAUGUCUGAGCCACUGUUGGGGCGAAAGGCCGCAUUUCCAGACAACACGGGCAAACCUUGAUAAUCACAGGAAAAGCAUCCCGUGGAAAAGUCUACCUAAGACUUUCCAAGAAGCUAUAGAUUUCACCCGCCGCUUGCAGUUUCGAUAUCUGUGGAUCGAUAGCCUAUGCAUUAUUCAGGGAGAUGCCGACGACUGGAAUGAGCAAUCUACUAUCAUGGGGACUAUCUAUCGCAACGCAGCUGUUACGUUGGCAGCUAGCGCCUCGCUUGGGUCUAGAGAAGGUCUUUUCCGCCCAACCAAAACACGGAAGUUAUGUUUCGGACUGGAGAGCGUCUGCAACCAACCCAACUACAAGGGAAUCUUUGUUCGAGAAAAGCUAAAACUACUGCACACUCAGCUGGACCACCCUCUCACGACUCGAGGCUGGGUUCUUCAAGAGCGCCUUUUGAGUCCCCGCGUACUUCACUUCGGCAAACACGAGAUGAUGUGGGAGUGUAUGACGCACAGUACGUGUAGCUGCACGGAACUGCCGAGGGACACAUUCUGGUUGCAACCCAAGCAAAAGUACCAGAAGUUUAUAUUGGACCAAGCCAGCCAUUCACAGACUGCUAAAGCCUGGAGAGAUAUGGUCACCGACUACAGUCGGAUGAGAUUCUCGUACGAAUCUGACAUCUUCCCUGCUAUAUCUGGCGCUGUUAAGGUUAUGGAAAAGACGAUACAGUCUCGAUAUCUUGCAGGAUUGUGGGAAAGCACCCUAACCCAAGAUAUGCUGUGGACAACCAAUGAGCCAGUAUCGUUCUGUCGGCCGUAUGUCUGGAGAGCGCCGACCUGGAGUUGGGCCUCUGUCUCGAAUAGAGAGGCAAAGUCAGUUCUUGAUGCAAUUAAGUACCGCUUCCAGGGCACCAUCGACAAAAUGUCUGAAAAGGCUCGAGAUCAUGAUCACGGAAGUCCUCUCGUCCUUCGUACCAAGCUACUAAGUGUCGAUGUGUCUCUCGCAGGACCAGACUCCACGGGAGCUCUCAAAGGUAGCCAUAUCAUCUUGCAAGGCCAACUUAUCUUUGGCACGACCACGGAGGAAUCCGAAUCAGAAAUCUGCGAUAUCAACAUACCCGGUCGAUUUCGAAACCUCUAUCCUAGCCAUUUCUACGCAGACUACGACCUCCUCGCAGACGGCGAGCAUCAAGUCAGCCUCAAAACGCGAAUUGCCUGUCUCAAGUUCUUGUAUUUGAACGCUGCGUCUUGGAACCAACAUUAUCUCUUCCUCCUGGUUCUACGGCAGGUAGAUGACGCAUGGGAACGCAUCGGCCUGCUGGUAUAUCAGCAACGCCAGGACCUACCACAGCCAGCUGUUGACGACUGGUUCAAAGACGCCGAAGUCAUCAAUGACGCCAUUGUAAAGAUCAUAUAGCAUCAAUCUACCUCCUUUAUCCUCUUC